GUUUUGUUUGACAUGCAUAGAAGUUAGUAUAAAAACUAAAUUUGUUGAAAACAAGUGCUUUGGACUUCGAACAGAUUACUGCAUAUUAUUUACAAGUAUUUCGCAUUCGAUGAGCAUUGGACAUUACAGUUAACAGAUUUCUUCAAACUAUUGAUUUGUGUACUUCAGAUAUUCGAGCGACUAUCGGAAAGGACUUGCUUUCAAGCGUUAACAAAGACUCAAGAUGGAUGCAAUCUCAGGGAAAAUGGCACCCAUGGGAACAGGAUCGGUCUCUGACCAUACUUUCUGCCAGCCAUGCGCGAACGAUGACAAGACCAUCCCUUCUGAUGUCUUCUGUACCGUCUGCAAGGAGUUCCUGUGUUGCAACUGUGCCCGAGUACACAGGAACAUGAAGUUUACCAAAAGCCACCCUCUUCAGGACAAGAGUACCAUGCCUUCUUCACUCCAACCAGAGAGUGAGAAUAAGCAUUUUACGGAAACAUGUCAACGCCAUGCCGAAGAGCUCAUAAAAUACUUUUGUCCGAAUCACGAGACACUUCUGUGUGGAGACUGCUUGGCUGAGAAAGAACACAGCUCAUGCACUAUUGAAAGGAUUUCUCAAGUGGCAAAGCGGUACAAGGAGGGCCCAAAAUACAACGGUCUGAAGGCAGGACUUGUCCAGGUGGUCAAUGACAUCUUCAACCUUUCAGACAACAUACAAGCGAGCAUGCAAUAUAUUGAUGAAGAGAGCUUUACAAAUAUCAAUGCACUUCGAAAGUUCAGGAAUGAUAUCAACCAAUACCUGGAUAAGAGGGAACAAGAGUUACUGGAAGAAAUUGAGCAGAAGAAACAAAAAUCACAAAGCCUGUUGAGUGAACUAAAAUCAAAUUGCCAAGACAUACAAGCUGCCACUGAGAAGCUCAAGGCUGAGCUACAAGCCAAGGAGGUCAACAGUAACCAGUUGUUCAUAUCUGGAACAAGGGCAAAUAAGGAGUUAGUCGGUUUUCAGUCAGCCCUUAAAGACAUCAGAGGUAAAAAUAGUGUGUCAUACUUCAAGUUCACAAGGGACCCCACCACAGAACAGCUGCUGGCUUCAUGCACAGCAAUUGGCAGAGUGGACCAGGUGGCGUCAGAUCUGGCAGACCAGCAGACAAAACAUCAGGUGUCAGACUAUUUUAAGUUCUAGACCUUGGCACCAACACCAUAACCAAGCUGAGCAUCUCACUAGAGGUGCUCCAGACCUACCAAGACCCGAUACUGAGAUCACCGUAUAGUCUUGCCUUGCAGCGGUGGGAGACAACAAGCUACUCGUGUGUGGGAGGGACAGUGACAACAUCCUGGUAUUGGACACGCUCACCGGCUCAGUAACCCAACUGCUGGGGAAGAAGGAGGAUAUAGAGAAGCCACACAGUGUGGGUUACUGUCCACAGAAGAAUAUGAUGUUUGUCACUUGCUGGCAUUAUGGCAGACCUGAAUUGGAGAAUUUCAUGAGAGUAUUCAAAGUAACGUACCAAUUGCAUUUACUUAAACAUAAAUUGAUAUCAUUGUUAAAAUGUGGUUUAUGGCUUUAUGAAAAUGCAUGUUUUCAAGUGUUACUUAUGUAUAAAUUAUUUUAUUAUUUAAUUACUUUGCCGAUAACUUGAAUUAAUGUUGAACAGUUGAAAUUAUUGUUAUACUGUUAUCUUUGCUCUGUCAAGUGUGGCUUACUGUUCACAGAAGAUGAUGAUGUUUGUCACAUGCAGUCAUCUUGACAGACCUGAAUUGGAAAACAAUCGUGAAAAUGUUCAAAGUUUCCUAACAAUUGCUUCGACUUUGAAUAUUUGAUGUAUGCUUUAAUGACUAUGUGACUUAAACUUGCAAUAUUAUCACAGAUUUACCGUUUUCACAUGUUUUCCUAAUAUUCUAUUUUUUUUGCAUUAAUCCCUUCAACUCAAUCAUAUAAGAUAACUCACAAUAAAACUUAUCACAAUUGUUUGGUAAACUGCCAAAUAGCUCAUAAAAGCGUUAGUAAUGCUUUUAUGCAUUGAACACUUUCGAACGUAAUUGUAAAAGAAAUUUGUUUUAUGAUCUUUUGUCAGCAGUCAUUACUUUUCCGACAUUGACACAAAAAGAGGAUCAUUUCACGACCAAUAAAAAUGUCAAAACGACCAAUCAGUGAGAGUUCAGCUUUAAAAAAAUGAUGAUGUAUAAAUUGUAUUAUAAUGUAAUACUUUUAGUAUGCCUUUUUCGGACUAGGGACUAGACACCAGAUUGUCCAAAAUCGGCAACUACUGUAUUUUAUCAAAACAUGCUGGAAUUGUCAAUGCGAGCUAGACGGAGGCUUAUUAUACAUCAGUUUACAUGAUUCGAACAAUAAAUGCACCAAUCAUGUUGCUGUCCCAUCUGAGUUUCGUGUUUAGAAAUAGUGGAUAAUCGUUUCCCAGUUUAAAUCGUAUCUUCUUUUGAGUCAAGAAAAAUGUAUUCACGCUAUUUUUACACUUACUGUGAUUUGACAAUCCAGGUAAAUUUAGAAAAUGCACAAAAACUUCGAAUUCAAAGAUAAUGUUUCGUAAGCGCUGUGAUACAUCAGUAAGUAAAUUUCAAUGCACUGUACACAACGAAGGCAGUUUUAUUUGUUCGGCAUCUUUCUUUUUUACUUGCAAAUGUAUGGACUGGUGUCUUGUCUCUUUAAAAUAGCGGUAAUAUUGUUAUCUUUAAAAUGCCGACAAAACAGGUCUUAUUAAUCACAGUUGCUUUAUCACCUUCUUGGAUAAUGUGAUCACUCAAUAUCAAUGCAUAUAUCAUUUUAUCAUAUGCCUAUAUCUUUUAUUUGUCCAUAUCCAACAGUGAAAAGACAGCAAGCUGUAUUGAAAAGUCCUUACCACGCUACUAUCAUUUUACAAACCCAUAUAAGCAUAUAAGCAUAGUGCCAUGUGUUGAGAGCUUACUUUUGCAGACUGGUGUUUAUUUAAUGUUUUUAAUAUGUAAACUUCUCAUUGAAAAACAUAUUUUUCAUGAACAUAUUAUAUUUCCCAAUAAAAUUUAUUUGAAUGUAUUAAAUUGCUGAUUUGUUUUAUAUUCAAAUAAAUGCACUUUAUCAUUAAUUAGUCAUUUCCGACGUUGAUAUUCCGGGAAAUGCCGGGUAAAAUCUAGGUGCAGUUUUGAUGGUUUAAACUAUUAAAAAGCUGUGUGUUUAAUGGGAAUAAUCAAAGUUGACUCAGUUUCAGUGAUUUAUUACGAAAGUACUCCUUUCUGACAACUUGUAUCCCUUUUUGUUCAGUUUAAAAACAUGCAAAUGCAAGGUUUGUUCUUGUUGCUCAUGUAAAGUCGUUCAAUAGUGUUUAUUCACGGUAAAUUUCUUUUAAAUUCUGUAUUCUAAUCCAAGGAAUGAUACACAUUAAGAACUUAUCAAGCUGAUCAUAGUCUGAAAUGAUGCCUAUUAGGUUCUGACUACGUUAAUUGAAGACAAAUGAUGUGGAUACUGAUACAAUAAUGACAAUAGAUAAUGUAAUCAUACUUUUGAAGAUGAUAGACUUGUAAAACGUAAAAUAGUUCAUUGUGCUGUAAAUUCAUAUUGUGUUGCUUUUCUUUAUAUAUUGAUGAUGUUUUAUGCUAUAAAUUGACCUAGUGUGUCAUUAAUUAUCUCUGAUAUGUAAAUUAGAAUAUAAAUACA